UGGACAACGAACGAAUCGCAGUGGAGUACAUCGUCUCGACCAGUUCAGUCGAGCUUCGCUAUUCGCGCAGUAAAUAGUCAGAUGGUACGUUACAACCCGCUUGUACAGUAUAACUUCGAGUAGGUGACGCGCGCGGUAGCAGUAAAAAGUCGCCAGAACGAAAAACGUUCUUUGUGUUCUAAGCAAUAUAUGUAAAACAUAUUAAUAAUAUAGAUACUCGGGAUACACAAAAAAGAAGAUAGCUCGGUUUAUAUCUCAGAAAUUCAAGUAAUACAAAAAGAGAAACAUGUCAGAUGACAAUUCACCUGUUAUUGAAGAGCAAAAGAAAAAGCGAGGAAGGCCAUCGAAAGCAGAUAAAAAUGCUGUUAAGGAAACUAAAAAAAGAGGUAGAUCUGUGUUAGACAAAAAUAGUGCUGUUCGAGCUGCAAAAUCUGACACUGAAGAUGAUGCUUCCCCUGUGAAAAAGGGUAGAGGGCGACCAAAAGGUUCUCAUAAAAAGAAGCAAGGACUACCUAAAGGAACUACAGGACGUGGCCGUGGCAGACCCAAAAAGAAAGAAGAAAAACCUGAAAGUACUGGAGAAGAAGAUGAUGAACAAGAAGAGGAAGAAGAGGAAGAAGAAGAGAAUUAAACAUGAAAAAAUAAAUCCAAUAUAUCAGAAUUAUUCUUUGAAAGUUUUAAAACAAAUGAUAACAGAUUUAAAAUUUAAGUUUGCUUCAUAACUGUAAGAGCAAAAUAAAAUGCAUAUGAAACUUGCAUAAAUAAUAUGCGAAAAAUUUUUAUAGUAGUUACUUUAAUCAUUUUUAUUAUUAUUCUUCGUAUAAGAAUUACUUCUUUAAUAUUGUAAUCAAAUAUACAAAGUUUUUAAUGAAAAGGAAUUUUUAAAUUCAGAUUUAGAUCUCAUAAAUUGACUUGCAAAUAAGAACUAAUUUUAAGGUAUUCUAUACAAUUAUAUUAUACAUUUUCUUAUCUUUUUCACUCCUAGGUAUAUGUAUAUCAUUCUAAUACUGUAAGAAAUAAGAGAACUACUUAUAUGUAUCAUGUGCAAGAAGUAUCAUUUUUUAAUUCAAUUUGAUCAUGUGAACAUUGUUCUCGAGGCAAAUUAUAAAUACAAAUACCAAUUUCUGUGAAUGUCAAGUUUGUAUUAAAAUAAAAGACUUAUUAACUGACUUACUAA